AUGGUGACACAAAAUGGAUACCCCAUGGAACAACAUAGUGUUACCACCGACGACGGUUAUGUCCUUUCCAUGCACAGGCUGCCCAACCCCGACAGGAUAGGGGUUGUUUUUCUAAUGCAUUGCAUGUUUUGCAGUUCGGCCGAAUAUGUUUGUCUCGGGAGAGGAAAAGCAUUAGCUUAUUUAUUACACGAUGCUGGUUACGAUGUCUGGAUGGGCAAUGCCAGAGGAAAUACAUAUUCCAGGGGACAUAAGAAAUAUAAUCCUGAUUAUAAAAGAUUUUGGGACUUUACAUGGCAUCACAUUGGAAUGUAUGAUGUUCCUGCAAUGAUUGACCAUGCACUCAAUGUUACUGGUGAAAAGAGGUUGCAUUAUGUGGGGCACUCGCAGGGCACGACUGCAUUUUUCGUGAUGGCUUCACAGAAGCAAUCGUACAAUUCGAAAAUAGCCUCGAUGCAAGCGAUGGCCCCCAUAGCCUACAUGUCCCACUGCAAGAGCCCCUUCGUCAGGCUGGCGGUCAGCGUAUUACCAUUCUUACAAAACUUGGCUAAUAUUUUCGGAGUUCGCGAGUUCCUGUCGUCGAGCGAAUGGCUGACGGCGGCGUCUGGUUUACUGUGCAGAGACUCCGCCUGGACGCAGGCGGUCUGCACGGCCAUUUUGAAUUUCGUUGGAGGCUACAAUGCAGCCCAACUCAAUUCGCUGGUCAAUUCAGGCAAGUUCUGUCAAUUCGACUAUGGCGAAGAAAAAAAUUUAAAAGUAUAUAAAUCAAAGGAACCUCCAGAAUAUGAUUUGAGUAAAAUUACUGCUCCUGUGAUCCUCCAUUGGAGCAUGAAUGAUUGGCUAUCAGACCCAAAGGAUGUCGAUAUCCUGAUGACCAAAUUGGGCAACCUGGCAGGCACGUACCUGGUUGAGGAUGCGGAUUGGACGCACUUCGACUACACGUGGGGAAACGAUGCAGACAAAAUAGUCUACAAAAAUAUCAUGGACACCAUAGAAAGAUAUUCCACGAAACGAAAUAGAAUAAUGAGGCACAAAUAUUCGAAUGUAACGCUUACAUGACAAAUGUAAUUAUAAUCUUGAAUCGCAUCAUUUAGAACGAUUAAGUAGGAAAUAAUUCGACAAC